UUUGUGACAGGGAAGAAAUUCGUGUAUGUCGAGCCGCCUAAGAGAGUGAAGGAGAUCCUGGAGGAAGAGCUUUAUUUUCAGAGAGACGAAUGUCAAAUUAAACAGCCGGCCGCAGUGGCUCUGGAAGGCAUUUGGAGCGUGAAAAGAAAUUUAUCUAUGGAAGGCCUGAAGCCAGCAUCACAGAACAGGAACAGUUUACUUUCACAACCUAAGUACUACUCCAGGCACGGAGGAAUAAGAAGGUGAAAAGCAGCAUCUCCCUUUACAGAGGACCCCCGGCAAAGGGCAGAUGCACCUGUGUGUUACCAAAACUACAUCAUUUUUUUGCAGCAAACUCCAAGUACCACCAGCUAGAAUAUGUAUAAUCUAUUGUAAAAUAAAAUGCUAGAUCUG